GGUUUCGCGGCAGUCGCCGGCCUUGGAUAAAUCUUUGUUGUGUUUGUUUUAGAAAGCUGCUGGCAUCGUGGGACCGCCCCGGGCGCCCAAACGCCAACUUGCUUCGUGUGCUGCGGGCAGGUCUGGGGCAGGUGGCGGCUCCUUGACCUGCCGUCAUGGAUGGAGACGGACUUUUUGAUGAAGAAACCCAAGCAGUCGAUGCCAGCCAGGGCCGUUUGGCUGUCAGAGGUUUUUGACAAAACCUGCCCUAUUCCCUUCGUGGAAUCCGAAUGAGGGAGCGUGCAGACACCUUCACCGGGAAGCCAAGGACAUUUCUGUAUAAUCAGCGGAUGAAAGGAUUUUCUCAGACUCUUUCCCCCUUUCCUUGAGAAUUAAUCCAGUGCAAUCUACGAUUCCAGUGGAAACCGCAAGGCACACGAUGUGGCAGAAGCCUCAGGGCCUGCCGGAUUGUUCUGGACCCUUCCUUUGCCUAGGGGAGUUUAACAUGUGCCGCCGGCUGCCCUCCCCAGCUGACUCCUGCUGAUCCGCUCUCUUUAACCUACCCUCAUUUUCUGAGUUAAGUUCUGUUUCCAAAACUGUCCCCUGGAGCUGCAAGUGGUGGAUUGCCAGAAAUGAGAGAUUAAGCCCUGGGAGAGGAGGAAGCGUCCUGUGUUGUGUCUUCUCUCCGCUGCCGACAUGAAGUGCUUUAUCCCAGUGCUGAGCUGUCUGGCUGUGCUGGGUGCAGUGACGGCACAGCGUCAGGUCUCCGUCCAGGAGGGACCCCUGUACCGCACGGAGGGCUCCCACAUCACCAUCUGGUGCAACGUGAGCGGCUACCAGACGCCGUCCGAGCAGAAUUUCCAGUGGUCCAUUUACCUGCCCUCCGCCCCAGAGCGCGAGGUCCAGAUCGUCAGCACCGUGGACUCUUCCUUCCCGUACGCCAUCUACACCCAGCGCGUCCGCAGCGGCAAGAUCUACGUGGAGAGAAUCCAGGAGAACUCUACCCUGCUGCACAUCACCGAUCUGCAGGCCCGGGAUGCCGGGGAGUACGAGUGCUACACGCCCAACACCGACACGCGGUACUUUGGAAGCUACAGUGCCAAGAUGAACCUCGUGGUGAUCCCAGACUCCCUGCAGACCACAGCCGUGCCCCAGACCCUGCACAAGGUGGAGCAGGACCCCCUGGAGCUCACGUGCGAGGUGGCCACGGAGACGAUCCAGCACAGCCACCUGUCCGUGGCCUGGCUCCGGCGGAGAGGCAGCGAGAAGCCCGUGGAGGUCAUCGCCCUGAGCCGAGACUUCAUGCUGCGCUCCAGCAGCGAGUACGCGCAGCGGCAGAGCCUGGGCGAGGUGCGGCUGGACAAGCUGGGGGCCAGCACCUUCCGCCUCACCCUCUUCCACCUGCAGCCCGCCGACCAGGGCGAGUUCUUCUGCGAGGCCGCCGAGUGGAUCCAGGACCCCGACGGCUCGUGGUACGCCAUGACCAGGAAGCGCUCCGAGGGCACCGUGGUCACUGUCCAGCCCACAGACAAAGAGUUCACCGUCCGGCUGGAAACGGAGAAGCGCCUGUACACCAUGGGGGAGCCGGUGGAGUUCCGAUGCAUCCUGGAGGCUCAGAACAUUCCCGACCGUUACUUCGCCGUCUCCUGGGCCUUCAACAGCUCGCUCAUCGCCAGCAUGGGGCCCAACGCUGUGCCUGUCCUCAACAGCGAAUUCGCCCACCGGGAAGCCAGGGGACAGCUGAAAGUGGCCAAGGAGAACGAUGGUGUCUUUGUGCUAAAGAUCUACCACCUCCGCCAGGAAGACAGCGGGAAGUACAACUGCCGUGUGACAGAGAGAGAGAAAACGGUCACCGGGGAAUUCAUCGACAAGGAGAGCAAGCGUCCCAAAAAUAUCCCCAUCAUAGUCCUCCCCAUCACAGAUGACUGGGUAGUUAAAGUCCCCCAGAACCACCAGAUCCUGUCCCAAGGCCACUUGGAGAGCAGCAUCUCCGUGGAGGUGGCCAGCAAUGCCAGCGUCGUCCUCGAGGGCGAGAACCUGCGCUUCUCCUGCAGCAUCCGCGCAGCGGGCAGGCCGCAGGCCCGCUUCUCUGUCAUCUGGCAGCUCGUGGACAGGCUGAACCGUCGCAGCAACAUCAUGUGGCUGGACCGGGAUGGCACCGUGCAGCCCGGCGCGUCCUACUGGGAGCGCAGCAGCUUCGGGGGCGUGCAGAUGGAGCAGGUGCAGCCCAACGCCUUUAGCCUGGGCAUCUUCAACAGCAGGAAGGAGGACGAGGGCCAGUACGAGUGCCACGUGACCGAGUGGGUGCGCGCCGUGGACGGCGAGUGGCAGGUCGUGGGAGAGCGCCGGGCCAGCACCCCCAUCUCCAUCACAGCUCUCGAAACGGGCUUCGCGGUCACAGCCAUCUCCCGCACGCCGGGGGUGACCUACAGUGACUCCUUUGACCUGCAGUGCAUCAUCAAACCCCACUACCCGGCCCGGGUUCCCGUGUCGGUGACCUGGCGGUUCCAGCCGGUCGGCACCGUCGAGUUCCAUGACCUGGUCACCUUCACCCGGGACGGAGGGGUCCAGUGGGGGGACAGGUCCUCCAGCUUCCGCACCCGAACGGCCAUCGAGAAGGCCGAGUCCAGCAACAACGUCCGCCUGAGCGUCAGCAGAGCCAGCGACACAGAGGCGGGCAAGUACCAGUGCGUGGCGGAGCUGUGGCGACAGAACUACAACAACUCCUGGACGCGGCUGGCCGAGAGGACCUCCAACCUGCUGGAGAUCAGGGUGCUUCAGCCAGUGACGAAGCUGCAGGUGAGCAAAUCCAAGAGGACCCUCACCCUGGUGGAGAACAGGCCCAUCCAGCUGAACUGCUCGGUCAAGUCUCAGACCAGCCAGAACUCCCACUUCGCUGUGCUCUGGUACGUCCACAAGCCCUCGGACGCCGACGGCAAGCUCAUUCUCAAAACCACGCAUAACUCCGCCUUCGAGUACGGCACCUACGCCGAGGAGGAGGGCCUGAGAGCCAGGCUCCAGUUUGAGAGGCAUGUGUCCGGGGGCCUGUUCAGCCUCACUGUCCAGAGAGCCGAGGUCAGCGACAGUGGCAGCUACUACUGCCAUGUGGAGGAGUGGCUGCUGAGCCCCAACUACGCUUGGUACAAGCUGGCAGAGGAGGUUUCUGGGCGCACAGAAGUCACUGUGAAGCAGCCAGACAGCCGCCUGAAGCUCAGCCACGUGCAGGGGAACCUGUCGGUUCUGGAGACGCGGCAGGUGCAGCUGGAGUGCGUGGUCCUGAACCGCACCAGCGCGGCCUCCCAGCUCGUGGUGGAGUGGUUCGUGUGGAAGCCCAACCACCCGGAGCGGGAGGCCGUGGCCCGCCUGAGCCGCGAGGCCACCUUCCAUUACGGAGACCAGGCGGCCAGAAACAACCUGAAGGGACGGCUGCAUUUGGAGAGUCCUUCGUCCGGCGUGUACCGGCUCUUCAUCCAGAAUGUGGCGGUGCAGGACAGCGGGACCUACAGCUGCCACGUGGAGGAGUGGCUGCCCAGCCCCAGCGGCGUGUGGUACAAACGGGCGGAGGACACUGCUGGGCAGACAGCCGUUACAGUCAUGCGACCAGAUGCCGCCCUGCAGGUGGACACGGUGGUCCCCAACGCCACGGUGUCUGAGAAGGCAGCGUUCCAGCUGGACUGCAGCAUCGUGUCCCGCUCCAGCCAGGACUCCCGCUUUGCUGUGACCUGGUACUCCCUGAGGACUAAAGCUGCGGGGAAAGGGGAGAGCCCCAGCCUGGAAGAACAGGAGGCCGAGGAGCAGGAGGAGGACCCCGCAGAGCGGACGGCCCUGCUGAGCGUGGGCCCCGACGCCGUGUUUGGCCCAGAGGGCGGCCCCUGGGAGGGCAGGCUGCGCUUCCAGAGGCUGUCCCCGCUGCUCUACAGGCUCACGGUGCUGCAGGCGAGCCCCCGAGACACGGGCAACUACUCCUGCCGCGUGGAGGAGUGGCUGCCCAGCCCCCAGAGGGAGUGGUACCGGCUGACAGAGGAGGAGUCGGCCCCCAUCGGCAUCCGAGUGCUGGACGCAGGCUCCACCCUGCAGUCCAUCAUCUGUGCCAACGACGCGCUGUUCUACUUCGUCUUCUUCUACCCCUUCCCCAUCUUCGGCAUCCUCAUCAUCAGCAUCCUGCUGGUUCGCUUCAAGAGCCGGGGCUCCAGCAAGAACUCGGACGGGAAGAAUGGGGUGCCCCUGCUGUGGAUCAAAGAACCGCACCUCAACUACUCCCCAACCUGCCUGGAGCCGCCAGUCCUCAGCAUCCACCCGGGAGCCAUAGACUGAGGGGCCCUGGGACGUCGGCCGCCCGAGCCCGGGCGCUCCCACGCUGCCUCUCGCUCUGUGAUGGGACAGCAGACGGCACCCGAACUGCGGAGAGCCCUCCCAGAAAACUGUCUGACUUCAGACCGUCCACAGUCCCCGACCAGUCGCAGAGACAGGCUGCUGCUUCUGGGCGGCAGCCCUGCUGGGCUCGCGACUUCCGAGCAGGUGUCGCCCCUGCGGCAUUCGGUCUCUCGUUUUCGUUCCCGGUGAUGUAGUGAGUAGCUCCGGGUGCCACGUCUGCUCACUGGUAGUAACAGGUAGAUGUUCCAGGGGUUCCCAUUCUUGGUAACGGACUCUUUUUAAAAUGCCCCUGGUUUACCCUUUUUGGGAUUCCGUAAUGCUGUGGACGCAUUUCUCUCACGUACGACGGAUGAGAAAAGGAAAGACGGACUUUAUGGCGCAAAGGAAUCUCUUCUAAGACCUUUUGCUUUUGCACACUUGAAAAUGCCACCCCUGGAGCAAGAGACACCCGAACAUUUUUUUACUUUCUUAAUGAAACUUGAAAAUUAUGUGACGUAUGGGCCCAAUUUGUAUCUUAUCUCUUCCCCCUGCUGGAGUUGUUGGGACCACUUUGCAGUCAAGAUGAAAGCGUUGAGGGUUUUUUUUUUUGCUUCAAAGAACUGUGUAGGUACAAGAGAAACCCUGCAUAACCCCAUUAGGAGUAGAUGGUGCCCGGCCAGCCUGCCUGUCGGGGAGGCAAAAUCGGCUUCCUCCCAGCCUUGCCAAAAACAUAAGAAACCUUUGUUGGAGAACGUCAAAAGCUCCAGACAGUUCACGCUUUGCAAGGUGGGCAGAGGGCUGCUUCCAGCAGCUGCCGACUUGCAGAUUGAUCGAAGCCAGCGGUCAGUGAAGGAAGGGAGAGGGCUAGUUGUUGGCUUGGUAUGUUCCCUAAGGGCCGUCUCCAGCUGGGAACUGAGCAGGUGGGCUUCUGUGCUAAGGUGCUUUGCCAAACUCGUAAAGGAAAGUGGCCAGUGGGCCUGGGAAGGGGACAACGCUGAGCUGAACACACGGCCCAAGCGGCCACCCUGUACACCGACAGAGGGCACUGGGGCCUUGGAGAGUGGGCCAGCCGUGGUGGGAGGGGUUUUCCAGAGCCUGAUGCGGGAGAGCAGGCGGGAGUAACUGCCUCCCUGGCGGUAUGAAGACCAGGUUUUUCCUUUCUUUCCAUUAGAUUUUCCUCAAAGAUACGGACGUCUUUCCUCCUCACCAUUUACCCCCCUGCUUCUCGCUGUGGUACUGCACCCAGGGGAGGUCCCGCGGUCCUCUGUGACCCUCUCCUUACAGUCUCAGCAGAAAGUGCCACCUGCCUUUGUGGGUGUUUUAAACGUCCGUUUCUCAGAUCUUGUUUGCGGUUUAGGUGACAUGGUGGUUCGUUGUUAUGGUGACUUUUUAUUUAAAUGCCCCUUAAAGUCCAGCAAAGGCCAGCGUCACCUGCUACUUUACACGAUUGGGCCAGACGCUUGGCUCCCGGGAGCAGCAUCGGCUGCGUGUGGUCGUCCACUCCACGAAGAUGUUUUUAUGCCCCGGCUUUCCCAUAUUUUGCUGGCCAGGAGUGUCAUCUCCCUUCCUCUGUGAACUUGUAUAUCUCCAAUCCCAAGGGAGUUCCCAGUUUGGAAAAAUCGAGUAGGGAUUUGGGCACUGAGUCUAACCAGAGAGAUCGCUGCGAAACCCUGUUCUGGAACUGAGCGGACUCCGAGGAGGCUGUGGGACUCCCCAGUCAUGUGGGUGCUGAUCCGGGUCGGGGUCUGGGGGUGCCAGGUGCUCGUGGGUGCUCAGCAGGUGCUUUACUGAGUCACAGCUGAAGUGGAAGCAAGGUGAGUGCUCAGCUGUUUCCCGACAGGCUCACACGCCUGCCUUCUGUCCCUGGCAGGUCACCAGCGCUCUCCUGUGAGAGUGCAGGCCCCACCACCUGACCCCGCCAGGCCUCACAUGCUCAUUCCCGUGUGUUACGCUGCACGAAUGCUUUAGAGGUGCAGCUCGGCUUAGUGCUGAGGGAAGAAGGCGGGUCUUUUGCCCCAUUUUGUCAUUUCAGGGGUGUGGGCUCUCAGUGGGAAAUCGCUGACCCCUGAUUUAUAGACUGAGUCAGCGAGGGAAGACUUACUGUUCCCGUCUGGACACGAAGAUGCCAGAGGGUGGCCUGAGGCUGGGAUGUGCACCUGAGACUCGAGUUUGAAUCGCUUCACGGCUGCGGAAAGGCAGCUGCCGCCACAUAAUUAAAUAGGCGAAGUAGUUGAAAGAAGAGGAAAGAAACCGAAGCCAGUAUUUUAAUAAUUGUGUUUUUUCCUGUGUAUUUUCUAUGGGCGUGGGGAAACCUUCAAAGGGUGAGCUUUUCCAACUUCCUAUGAAGAUCCCCAGGACCUCCCUCCUUUCGGCCCAUUCUGUGGAAAUAGAAAUAGUGUGAAUGAGGGGUAAAGGUGCCCUCCAGUGGCUGGGAGGCCUCAUUGCACACCGCCGAGGGAGCUCAGACCGGGAGAGAGACGGCCCACUACUGUCUUGACUUAUCUCCAUCUGCGACGAUGCAUUAAUGAAUCCUACACUGUGCUGGGCCCGUCCCGGACACGGAUACGACCACACCCUCUUUCACCGGGGUGUUUCUGUAGCAAGUUUUCAUAUUCUUUCCAAACAAUGGUUUCUCUGCGUUAAUUGAAGAGAAAAACAAAACAAAACAGGUUGGGUAAGAAAACGACCAAUGCAUGAUGUAGAGAGCUGUUGCUUUUUUUGUUUGUUUUUUUUUGUUGUUUUUUUAAAAAAAAACUAUUUGUAAGAUGUUGCACUAAAACAUUUUAUAUACACUUCAGACACCUGUAAUAAAUUAUGUUGAAAAUA